AUGACGGCCAUCUGCGAUAAUGUCAAGAAUUUCUUCGCUACCGACCGUGGAAAGCAGCUGCCCGCGAGCUUUGAUGGCACCAUGUUCGUGAUGGACUUUAGCACCGACAAAUCAAACACAAAACGAGGGCCCGCCAGGCGCGACAACAGUUGCCCGGCUAAAGAUGUUCCAUCCAGGGGUGUUGUAAAGUGGAAGAGUACUCACAAGUGCCCUGAAGGCGAUCAGAAGGACGUGUGGCGCAACGACAAGGUCUGGCACACCACAGCCAUUUCUCACGACCAGCAGGACCUGGACAAGAACAUACUCGAGCACGAGAGAAAUCCAGAUCAAUCCAUCAAAAAUAGGUCUUGGAUAUUUUAUACCUGCGAUGAAUUCCCCGCUGCCUCAUGGAUUGAAGGUGGAAGCCAGCCAUCCUUUGCGAACGGCAGUGGUGGUUUUGCAGAAACGAGGUGUGCGGCAAUGCGCUGCAAUGACGCACCGAGGAUCAAUAACAGGGCUGUCGCUGCAGAGCAAGACUGGCAAAAAAAUGCCCAUAAUAGACUUGGCUCGCUUUUGCGAGGGUCUAUCACAAGGCAGAACCUAUGGCCCCCUGGAACAACUAUCCAAGGCAGAAAGGAUCAAGUCGCACUGUUCUACUUUCGGGUUAUGAAUGAGCCCAAUGGGAUUGCCGCUCAAGCUAUCCGGUACACAGACGCAGAACACACGAUCGUGGACCCGGAUACACCCAAGAAUAUUCUGAUUGCAAAGCGCCGCGAGCAAGCUCACGACCUUCACAACUGGGCAAAGAGUGUCACCGUUCCGGAGCUCCUGGCCCUCAACCACGCAAACGAGGAUCGUCAUGUUAUACAUGCCGACUCUCCUUCCCCUGCCCAAGAUCCUGCUGCAUGGGCUUUUGAGCUGGAAACUGGUCAUGGAAUUGCAUCCAACCUCACGGAAGCUGCUGCCUCGCGCUCGCCUGUCAGACGCGCCUUCAAUAGACGGGAGAGAAGGAAGCAGAUCAGACAAUCCCCGCUGGCGACCAACGCCACGGCUUCCGACAUAGCCGAGGCGCGCGAGAUUGUCGAAAAGGCACUCGACGAAUCGGCAAAGCGAAAUGCACUGCGUCUUGCCAACCCGCUGCGUAACAACUACAACUUGAAGCCGGGAACAAAGGUGCGACGAUCGGACAAUGUCGCUCCGGCGCUUCUUGAAAUUACAGACGAAAUCGCUCGCGCCGCCGCUCUCCUGUCAGAGGAGGAGGCGCGAGAGAGCACCGGCAACUACAGCAAGAUCGCGGCUGCGCCAGCAUCGGCGGCCAAGAGUGGCACCUACUGGAUGGAACAUAUCCAACGGAAGGGAACCGUGCCAUGGGGUGACGACCCAAGCUACAAAGUCUUUCGUAAUGUGGCCGACUAUGGUGCUGUCGGUGAUGGAGUCACUGAUGACACGAAGGCCAUCAAUAAAGCGCUCCGAGAUGGCAAACGGUGCGCGGAGAAAUGCAAUGGUUCAACGCUCAAAAAUGCCAUUGUGUACUUCCCGCCAGGCACGUACCGCAUAUCAACCUCGAUUGACUUGCCCUUUGGUACUCAAGUUAUUGGCGAUGCCAACAACUGGCCUACUCUCGUUGCCUCGAAUCGCUUCAUCGGUCUUGGUGUUCUCUCCACGGACAAAUACACGGGCGCUGGAGGCGGUGCCGAUGGUUUAGACGAUGAGUGGUAUAUCAACACGGCCAACUUCUAUCGACAGAUUCGCAAUCUGCGUAUUGACAUCACCGCGACCCGUCCAAGCCAGAACGUUGCGUGCAUCCACUACCAGGUUGCUCAAGCCACUAGCAUUCAGAACGUCGAGCUGAUUGCCAAAUCUGGUACCGGCCAACAUGGCAUUUUUGCAGAAAACGGCAGCGGCGGCGUCAUCUCUGACAUUACUUUUACCGGCGGCGGCUAUGGAAUCUAUGGAGGUAACCAGCAGUUUACUGCGCAAAGACUGACCUUCAAUGGAUGCGAUGUUGGCGUGCAAGUCAUUUGGGACUGGGGCUGGGUGUGGAAGUCCAUCACCAUGAAGAAUGUCAAGACUGGCUUCCGUCUGCUGCCCAAAGACAAAAUUCCCAAGAAGCGAAGCGGAAGCCCAGGAGGAGCAGGCGGCUCCGCUGGCCACAUCGGAUCCGUGUCCGUGAUUGACUCGAGCUUCGAAGGCGUCGACACGGCCAUCAUGAUUGAAACACCCAAUUCGAAACCCGGAACCGGCAGCACGGGCGUGAUUGUCGAAAACGUCGCCUUCCAAGGCGUCGGAAAAGCCGUCGCCGACACGAGCGGUGCCACGCUGCUGGCGGCGAGCGCCCGGGUCGAUCACUGGGCGCUCGGUCCGACCUACAAGGCGGACGGCACGCGGGCCUUCUCCAUGGGCCAAAAGAUUUCUGGCUUCUCUCGUGAAAAGUCUCUGACAGGCACAUCGGGGUCUUUCUUUGAGCGCGCCAAGCCGCAGUAUCAAGACCGCUCGCUGGCGGACUUUGUGCACGUCAAAGACUUUGGCGCAAAAGGCGACGGUGUCACGGAUGACACGGCCGCGUUUCAAAGUGCGCUGAUUGGUGCUGGCGCCAGCAAGAUUCUGUUUGUUGAUGCAGGAUCGUACAUCCUGACCAACACCGUGACAGUGCCUGUGGGAGCCAAAAUUGUCGGCGAGACUUGGUCGCAACUGGUGGCGACGGGGUCCUAUUUCGGCGACGCCAAAAACCCAAAGGUCAUGUUCCAAGUUGGUAGAGAGGGUCAGGAAGGCACAGUCGAGAUGCAGGACCUCAUAUUCACAAGCAAAGGGCCAACUCCUGGACUGAUCCUGGUUGAGUGGAAUAUACUGGCUGAUCGUCCUGGAUCUGCAGCACUCUGGGAUUGCCAUGUCAGAAUCGGAGGAGCGACUGGCACAAAGCUCACACCAGCUGAAUGCCCUCCAGCCAGGACUGGCGUGAACAAGGGAUGCGAGGGCGCCAGCCUUAUGAUGCAUAUUACCUCGAAAGCCUCUGGAUAUUUUGAGAACAUGUGGCUGUGGGUUGCAGACCAUAUGAUUGACGACCCUGACCUCGAGCACGGCAAAAACGAAAUGGAAAGCAUUUUCAAGCAAUUUAUAUUCCAAUGCAUCAUGUCCGUGGCGCGAACCUGGCUCUAUGGUACAGCUUCUGAGCACGCCGUCUUUUACCAGUACAACUUUCACAAAGCAAAGAAGGUAUUUGCUGGCAUGAUCCAGACCGAGUCGCCGUAUUAUCAGCCCACGCCAAAACCACCAGCACCUUUUGACGCCGUAGUCGGGGUGUUUCGUGGAGACCCGUCUUAUGAAUGCAAAAAAGACGACAAGUUCAAUGGGUGCGAUGAGUCGUGGGGUGUUAUCAUUGAACGCUCGGAGAACAUUUUUGUUGCCGGUGCUGGAGUAUACUCGUGGUUUUCCACGUAUUCCCAAGAUUGCAUUGACAAGCAUGCGUGCCAAAAUGCCUUGAUUCUUUUAAAGGACAACUAUUCCAAUGUCAGAAUGCAACACAUCAUCACGAUUGGAGGGGCGUGUUCCAUCGUGCAAGACGGCAAAGGCAUUUCUGCAAUGGACAAUUUGAAUGUCGAUUCCCACCCUGCUUGGUCGCAGAUCUCCGUCUUUGACGUGGGCACAAAUGCGCCCGAUUUUGCUGUAUGGAUUGAUCCCUCGAUAUGGGACAUGGAAACUCCUUCGGUCACCUGCUCGGUGCCAUGCACUUUGAAGAUCCCGCCGUGGCUUGGAGCCACGCGCGUUGUCGACUACCCGCUGCUGACCGUCAGCGACGGCUCUUGGACAUCAACAAUCACGCAACCGCCGAUCACGAUGACAAGCAUCGAAUUUGAACACAUUACAAUCACAGCCAAUGCAAAAGACAAGCGCCAAGCUAUCCGGACACUCUUCCCCGUCCCAACCACAACCCCAGCCUGGCCGCAAGCCGCCUACAUUGGCCCUGAUGGCAAAAAGUCCAUGACCGGGCCGUCGAAGCCGUUUCCCACGCCCCCGAAAGCAAUUGGCCCCAACGAACCGGCUCCAGCUGGCGGCCAAUGGCCCAAAGUCCCCAUCCACCUGAUUGUCGGUGGCCAGGACAACCUGCCCGCUGUGGAGAUUUGUUUCUACGACUCCCUGGACUGCUUCGCGCAGCCGUGGGAGUACGGCAACAAGCCGUGGCCGUAUCCCGGCGGCACCGGCAUUGGCGACCCCGAAGACGACGACAGUUGGGGCGACGAUGGUCCCGCGGGAGACGAAAUGAUCGCGUGCUCGCCGACCACCACAUCGACGACGACAACAACCACCACGUCGGACACGCCCAGCGAAACCCCGCCCUCAAAGCCGUCUCCGCGCGCCGGCGACCCGGCGCUGAACAAGCGCGACUGCUACAAGAACACGAGAGGCAUCAACCGCGACCAGGCCGCCGACCUCAUCGGCCGCUUCUGCGGCGAGAUGGAGCGGCAGCUGCUGACUUCGGGCCAGGAAUACGCCAACCAGUGGCCGUACUCGCCGCCGAAUCAGAUUGCCUUUUACGUGCGGCUGUGGUUCGGCAUCUCCAAGAACACAGAGUGCCGCUGGAUCGGUGGCAAGUCCCCGGCAGUGCGGUCGCUCGACGGCGUCGACGGCGUCGACGGGCAAAACGGCACGUCAAUCGCGAGGCGAGACAUCACGGACAGCUCGCUGUGCGCGCGGUACAUGGACGCCAUUGUGGAUAGCUGCAACUGCGGCGGGAUCAAUGGUAAGGAAGGAGGGAGAAUCACCAACGACUGUUUUUAUGUCGGUCUCCAUCCUGUCAAUAAGUAUUGA